AUGGCAGCAGCAGCCUCCGCCCGGCGUCCCCGGCCGCGCUUCCGUCCCCGCGAGCCGCAGGGGAUGAUGUCAGUGGGACGAGCGCAGGGAGAUGGGCACGGGCAGCCACAGGAGGUCAACUCAGAGGACCAGGUGGUGGAGCAGACCGAGGAGGUGUUCCGGAGCUACGCCUUCUACCGCUACCAGCAGGAGCGAGAGGAGCGAGGGGAGGAGGCGCCCACGGACCCCGAGAUCGCGGAGAUUCAGCGGGAGCCGGACAGCAUGGGCACGCAGGUGGGACGGCGCCUGGCCAUCAUCGGCGACGACAUCUACAAGCGUUACGACGCGGAGUUUCGCUGCAUGCUGGAAUCCUUGCAGCCCAACAAGGAGAACAUCUACAAUUACUUCACCAGGAUAGCCUCCAGCCUGUUCGAGAGCGGCAUUAACUGGGGCCGGGUGAUCGCGCUGCUGGGCUUCGGGUACCGCAUGGCCAUCCACGUGUACCAGCACGGCAUACCCGGCUUCCUGCGCUGGAUCGCCCGCUACGUGGCCGAGUUCAUGCUGCGCAACCACAUCGCCCAGUGGAUCGCCCAGCAGGGAGGAUGGGUGGCUGCACUCGAUCUGGAUAAUGUUUACGUGAAGUAUAUGAUGGUGGUGCUGGCCCUGGUCUUGGUGGGGCAUUUAGUGGUACGACGCUUCUUCAGGUCCUGACUGACGCGGGGACACAGGCUGGGGGGUCCGGCUAAGCGCUCUCUCAAAUCUCUGCUCUGCAAUAACGACGUCUCCCAAGAGGGGAGGAUUCCAAGAACCUCAGAGAGAGGGAGCAGCUUGGACCUAUGACCCUUCCACCGCAGGGCCCAGGGUCUCUGUCAUUCAUGGAGGCACCACCAGGAGCUAC